AUGGCGGAAGUUCCUGCUCCUACUCCCAUCACCGAAUGGCCGGACUACAGCAUUACGCCUACCGGCGGCGACGUGUUUACGCAGGAUCUGAAUGCGCCGUACGACAAGGGUGACUUGUGUUGGAUGCUGGUGUCCACGGCCAUCGGCUUCCUUUACGCCGGAAUGCAUAGGAGAAAGGCUGCGUUGACUAUGAUCUUCCAAUCCCUCUUCUGUGCUUGCGCUGUGGGAAUACAAUUUUGGGUCUAUGGAUACUCUCUAUAUCAAUCACACACGACCGGUCCCUUCCUUGGAGACCUCUCCCUAGCCGGUCUCCACAACGUCCUAGCCUAUCCAUCCCUCGCCAACACCGACAUCCCAGACAUCCUCUAUGCAGCGUUUGGCUUCACAUUUGUAACAUGCACGGCUAUGAUCUUAGCAGGCGCAAUGCUGGAGCGCGGGCGCUUGUGGCCCUCCAUGCUUUUCCUGCUCUGUUGGACGACCUUCGUCUAUUACGUCCUCGCAUACUUUGAAUGGAACCCCAACGGCUGGCUCUACAAGCUCGGCGUGUACGAUUUUGCCGGCUCGGGACCUGUGCAUAUUGCUUCGGGCUUUUCGGCGCUGGCUUGGGCGAUUAUGCUGGGCCAUCGCAAGGACCCACAUAACGAGUCUCUGCACCACAAGGUGCCGCAUUUCAAGCCGCACAACCCAUUCCUCGCCGGCCUGGGUACAGUCUUGAUCUGGUUCGGAUGGUACGCGUUCAACGGCGCCUCCACGGCCAACCUCUCCAUCCGCUCCAUCUACGUCGUCGUCAACACGAACCUCGCCGCCUGCGGCGGCGGCAUCUCCUGGGUCCUGCUCGAGUAUCUCUUCAGCAAGAAGUUCAGCAUCAUCGGCUUCUGCUCCGGCAUCAUCAGCGGGCUGGUCGGCAUCACGCCCGCGGCGGGCUUCGUGCCCGUCUACGUGGCCAGCCUCAUCGGCGCCCUGACCUCCAUGUGCUCCUUCUUCACCGUCAAGUACAAGCACCACAUCGGCGCCGACGACGGGCUCGACAUCUUCGCCAUCCACGGCGUCGGCGGCUUCGUCGGCGACAUCAUGACGGGCUUCUUCGCCGCAAAAUUCGUCCCCGCCCUCGACGGCAUCCUCAACACCUACGAGGGCGGCUGGUGGAACCACAACUGGAAGCAGAUGGGCUACCAGCUCGCCGCGGCAUGCACGUGCGCGCUGUGGAGCUUCGUCAUCAGCAUCAUCUUGCUGUUUGUUAUCAAUAAGAUCCCGGGCUUGCAUAUCAGGGCGAGCGAGGAGGAUGAGCUCCGCGGACUGGAUUGCAAGUAUCUGCAUGAAGCGGAUCCCGAUGGCGAGAUGAUGGUGCUGAGUGGGUUUGGCGCCGCGACGCCUGGCAUGAGCAGGAGUCCGGUCGUGAGUGGACCCGCUAGCAGUCAUGAGGUGCCUGUUGUGCCGGAGAAGCGUGAUUGA